AUGGCAUUUACUACACCCCCCCCAACACCCGAACACGCAAAGCUCUCGUUCCCAGCACCGCACGUUCUCCUGGUAACGCUCGCGCGCCCCAGGGAGCUAAACUGCAUCAAUUCCAAGGGCCACGAAGACCUGCACGCAGUCUGGGAAUGGCUGGACGAGGAGCCUUUGCUCCGGGUGGGUGUGAUUACAGGAGAAGGCCGAGCAUUUUGUGCUGGUGCUGAUUUAAAGGAAUGGAACAACCGUGCCCAAAUCAACCCCAACAAAAGCUUCAUGCCCCCCUCAGGCUUCGGCGGUCUCUCGCGCCGCAGCGGCAAAAAACCCAUCAUCGCCGCCGUCAACGGACUGUGUCUGGGCGGGGGCUGUGAAAUGAUCAUGAACACGGACAUCGUGAUCGCGUCCGAAACCGCGUUUUUCGGGUUCCCCGAGGUGCUGCGUGGCGUGGUUGCGUGGGCCGGGGCCCUGCCGCGAGUCGUGCGCACCGUGGGUCGGCAACGGGCCAUGGAGAUGGUUUUGACGGGGCGGCGCGUGUCGGCGGCGGAGGCCGAGAAGUGGGGGUUCGUGAAUGAGGUGGUGGUUGUGCGCGAGGAGAAGCAGGUGGUGGCCAGGGCGGUUGAGAUCGCCGCGGUCAUUGCCGCGAAUAGCCCCGACGCCGUGAUGGUGAGUCGCGAGGGAGUCAAGUUGGGUUGGGAGGGGGUUGGCGCCGAGGAAGCGUCGCGGUUGCUCCUGGAGACUUGGGAGAAGAAGCUCAAUGCAGGCGAGAAUAUCAAAGAAGGCUUGAGGGCCUUUGUGGAGAAGAGGAAGCCGAACUGGGUGGAAAGUAAGCUGUAG